AUGCGGCGCCAGCAGGGCAUGCGACUCGACGAGAGGUACGUUCCGUACUUGCAGAUGGCUGGAUUAUACUAUCUUGCGAGACUGAACGAUAGAUGGUUCAGAUUGAAUGAGCCCCUUGUCAGUGCUUUUGUCGAGCAGUGGCGUUCGGAGACGCACACAUUCCACAUGCCGUUUGUGGAGUGCACGAUCACACUACAGGACGUGGCGUACCAGUUGGGGUUGCCGGUCGACGGACGUUAUGUCAGCGGUUGUUUGACCGAUUUCCAGAUAUACAUCCAGGGUGGCCGUCCAGCAUGGGUGUGGUUCCAGGAGUUGCUUGGAGUGUUACCUCUUGCAAACCAAAUUCAGAAGUUUGCACUGUUUGCCGACAAGUCCGGCAACCGUAUUCACAUGAGAUGGCUACCCUACGUGGCUAGGCUUGAGGAGAUGGGUGGCUACAGUUGGGGUCGGCAGCACUAG